AUUAGCCCCCUCAAGUACAUAUAAAUCAACCCCUUUAGCCUUUCUAUUACUUUUCUUUUACAAAAAAAGGACUCCCUCUUCCUUUCCGGGAAUCUCUCUGCCAGUGGCCCAUCUUCUUCGAUCGUUCUUUUUCAUCCAUUGACAUUGUUAUGAAAAGGAUUUUCUCUUUCGCCCCAAAUUACCAUCUUCACCUAUCACGCUCACUUGCUUAAUUACUCAAUUAAACAAUUCACUCAGUUCCAGGGUUUCUUUAUCGGGUUUAUAGGUCACAAAUCGGGAAGCAAUGGAUGACGGAGAACUCGAUUUCUCCAACCACGAGAUGUUUGUGGGUGAUAUCCCGAGCAGUGGUUCCAUGAACAGCUUCUUCGAUGAAAUCUUCAACGACACACACGCGUGUACUCAUAAGCACACAUGCAACCCUCCGGGACCUGAUUCAUCACACACGCACACAUGUUACCAUGUCCACACCAAAAUCCUACCUGCUACGAGUGAUGACGACAAAACCCCUACAGAAGACACCGCUGAAUCCUCCGACAAAAAAGGUAAGAAUCGUCCAUCAGGAAACCGGGAAGCUGUGAGAAAGUAUCGUGAAAAGAAGAAGGCGCGUGCUGCUUCAUUAGAAGACGAAGUAGUUAGAUUGACAGCAUUGAAUCAACAAUUGAUGAGAAGAGUUCAGAGUCAAGUAGGAUUAGAAGCAGAAGUAGCGAGGCUAAAGUGUUUGCUUGUUGACAUUAGAGGGAGAAUCGAUGGAGAAAUCGGAUCUUUUCCUUAUCAAAAACGCCACCAUCCAGUGGGUAAUCAGAAUUUGAGUAGUGGGUUCUUGUUGAAUCCUUGUAAUUUGCAGGGUGGUGAAUCGAUGCACCAUGAUCUGGACAUCAAUGGCUGUGACUUUGAGGAUCUACAAUGUUUAGGGAACCAAGGAUUGAUGCCGAAUCAGUCUACUGCUGGAAGUAAAAGAAAAGGUGGUCGUAGAUGAAUUGAGUACUGGAGUGAUGCAUGGAUCUUUGUUGGUGUACAAUAACUGGUGGAUUACUAGGGUUUUGUGGUCCAUGUUUUUGUAUGUUUAUUUAGUUUCAGUUUUUUUAAUCUUUAUGGAGCUUAGAUGAAUGUUGUUGUCAUCCAUCUGUUUUGAAUAAUAUAUGGCAGCUCAUAAUUUCUGAGUA